AUGGUGCGUCGUUCGCUCAGGUGGUGGUUGUCCCCAGCCCUGGCAAAGGGAUCCCCGUUCAAGGAGCCGACCCGGCUCACCAUCAAGACGGAUGCCAGCCUGUACGGUUGGGGGGCCCAUUUCCGCAAUCAGCUUGCUCAGGGCAGGUGGUCCACAGCUGAAGCAUCACACAGCAUCAACUGGCUGGAGCUGAGAGUGGUCCAGUUGGCCCUGAUUUGUUUUCAGGCUGGCAUUUGGGGAUGUCACGUGAAGGUGUUGACGGACAACGUCUCGACGAAGGCGCACAUUAACCGCCAAGGGGGCACGCGCUCCAGAUCCCUGAUGUCAGAGGCCGAUGACAUAGGUCGGUGGGCGGAGGAGCUGUCCAUACAGGCGGAGCACAUCUCCGGCACGACCAACAUCCAAGCGGACUGGCUGAGCAGAGCCACAGUCGACCACUCAGAGUGGCGCCUACAUCCGCAGCUGUUCCAGCGCAUAGUUCAGAGGUUUGGUUGCCCCCAGGUGGACCUGUUCGCCAUGGCGGCCAACUCACAUCCCCGGGAGAAACACUGGCACAAGCUGGAUGUAUGCAGGACGCACUGCAGAUACAUCAAGCGUACUGCCAGUUUCCGGCGUUCUGAGUCACUCUUCAUUUCCUUCCAGCUGUCAUCUCAGGGCAGGAAGGUUCAAAAUGCAGUCCCUCCAGUCAAUCCUGGGCUGCAUCAGGCAGGGACCUCCAUAGACCUGAAAGAGGCCUACCUCCACGUACCCAUCUGCAAAGCCCACCGCAGAUACCUGAGGUUCACUUAUGCCGGUCAGCACUACCAGUACCGGGCCAUGCUGUUCGGCCUGUCAUCAGCCCCAAGGAUGUUCACCAAGGUCCUCGUAGCAGUGGCGGCAUUCCUCAGGUCGCGACCAGUAAGACUGCACUACUAUUUAGACGAUGUGCUCAUCCAGUCGUCAUCCCCCCAGCAGGCGGUCGAGGAUCUGCAGUACACUAUGCAGGUGCUCCAGGGUCAUGGCUUCUCCAUCAACUUGGAAAAGAGCCAUCUUCACCCAACAACCAGGCUUCAGCAUCUGGGGGCCGUCAUCGACACCGUCACCUGCCAGGUCUUCCUGUCGCCAGAGAGGAUGGAGAGCCUCAGGGAGAUGGCCAUGCAGGUUCGGCGGUCUCCUCGUGCCAAGGUAGUUCUGCUGUCACAGCUCCUGGACAAGAUGAUAUCAUGCCUGUCCAUCAUUCCGUGGUCACGUAUUCACUCUCGUCCCCUCCAGUGGCUCCUGCUGCCCUAUCAAAGGGCCAACGAGAGCAGCUCAUCGCGGCUCAUUCCCGUCUCUGCGAAGAUGUGUCGCUCCCUCAGUUGGUGGUUGUCUCCGGCCCUGAAGAAGGGGUCUCCGUUCAAGGAGUUGACCCGGCUCACCGUCACGACGGAUGCCAGUCUGUACAGUUGGGGGGCUCACUUCCGCAACCAGAUUGCUCAGGGCAGGUGGUCCUCGGCUGAGGCAGGGCACAGCAUCAACUGGUUGGAGCUGAGGGCGGUCUGGUUGGCCCUGCUUCGGUUUCAGAUGGGCAUUCGGGGUCAUCAUGUCCCUGCUGUCGGAAGCCAACGACCUAGGUUGGUGGGCGGAGCUCCAUCUGCUGUCCAUUCAGGCGGAGCACAUCUCCGGCACGGUGAACACCCAGGCGCACUGGCUGAGCAGGGCGACUGUCGAUCACUCAGAGUGGUGCCUGUCCCCGCAGCUGUUCCAGCGCAUAGUUCAGAGGUUCAGUUGCCCCCAGGUGGAUCUGUUCACUACAGCGGCCAACUCUCAUCUUACCAGGUUCUUCUCCAGGUUUCACGAUCCAAGGGCCGAGGGGGUAAACGCUCUUCACUGCCCUUGGCAGAAAGGUCUGCUCUACGCCUUUCCCCCUUUGCCUCUUCUUCCCAGAGUCAUCAGGGAGAUCCUGGCGGAGGCAGCGGAGAUCCUUCUGGUGGCCCCCUUUUGGCCCAGGAGGACCUGGUUUGCCGAUCUGGUGAGUCUGUCCGUCUGAGACCCGUGGUGGAUUCCUCCACACGAGAUUUCUCUCUGCCAGGGGGCCCUUCUUCAUCCAGAGCCCCAGUGGCUGCAACUAGCCAUUUGGCACUUGAGAGGGAUCCCUUAAGCAAGGACAACCUUUCCACCAAGGUGAUCCGCACCAUUCAGGCGUCACGUCGUCCUUCCACGACUCGGAUUUACAACGCCACCUGGAGGUCCUUUGUUACCUGGUGUUCUUCCAGAGGUGCUUCAGCUUCUUCAGCUUCGAUUCCUGUCAUUCUGGACUUUCUGCAAGACAGCGUUGAUAAGGGGUUGGCGCCUAACACCCUUCAUCGUCAAGUCACCGCGCUCUCCACCAUCCUGGCCCCUGAGGGGCAGCCUUCUCUUGGCCGUCACCCCACCAUUCGCAGCUUUCUCAGGGGGGCGACUAACCUGAGUCCCCUGAUGGUUCACAGAUACCCGACUUGGGACCUUAAUGUGGUUUUACGGGCUCUGGUUGAGCCACCGUUCGAGCCUCUCCUUUCGGCCAGCUUCAAACAACUCACCUUUAAGACCGUGUUUCUCAUUGCCAUCACCUCAGCUAGAUGUAUCUCUGAGCUGGCUGCCUUGUCUGUCCGGGCGGACUUGUGCUUGUUUCACCAGGACAGGGUAGUCCUUCGGCUGGACCCUUCUUUCGUGCCUAAAAUUAAUUCCUGGUUCCACCGGGCCCAGGAGGUCAUCCUUCCUGACUUCGGUCCGCACCUGAGGCAUCCUCGUGAGGAGCGCUGGCACAAGCUGGAUGUUCGCAGGGUGCUACGCAGUUACAUCAAGCGUACGGCCAGUUUUUGCCGUUAUUUGUUUCCUUUCAGCCGUCGUCUCAGGGCAGGAAGGUUUCCUCAUCUACGAUUGGCGGAUGGCUUAGGGCCUGCAUCGCUCUCGCUCAUGUUCUUCAGUCUCGACCGGUACCCAAUCGCAUCACGGCGCAUUCGACCAGGAGUGCUGCCACCACUGCGGCCUGGGCGACGCGGGCUCCUAUUGAGGAGAUUUUUGGACUUGUUCCAGUUGUGUUUCCAGUUGAUCCAAUGUUGGACUUCUCAGCACGCAACAGUUCCACGUCUUCAUUGA